AUGAAUCGACAAAAAUUAGAUUCUCAAAAUAAUUAAAAUACCUAAGAUAAAAACUAAUUAGAUGAAAAAGAAUAAUUAGGAGGCGAUUUUGAUGAAUCUUUAACAUAAAAAGUAGUUGAGUAAUUAUUGAAACAAAAAGAUAAAUAAUCUAAUGCUCCUUUAAUUGAAAAAAUUUCAAUUAAUUACAUCAUGAAUACAAUCGAAAAGGAGCAUUUUUCUAAAUUGGAAAGUGCGUUUUUUAACUAUGGCAAGAAAGGAGUGGGCAUUUUAGAAUUUAUAAAAAUAUUUUUAGAAUUGAAUCGAUUCAAAACAGAAGAAAAUAUAUAUUAUUUAAUGGCUUUGGUAGAUCUCUAUCAAUAAAUUCAAUAAAAUAUGAAGGAAGAAAGGAGUAUACAGUUUUCUGAUUUUACUGAUUUUUACUAUGAAUUCUUUCAGGAAAAGUAGUAAAUUAGUGAAUAUAAAGUCCAAACAUACUUAAUGCCUCCUUAAAAAAUAAUUGAUAGCAACUUCUAAAAUCAAAGAGAAAUAGAUAUAGAUCCACCAGUCAUAGUAGGAUAGAAUGAAUAAGAUUUCUUGAGGCUUAAUAUAGAAACAUUAAGGUUCGAUAGCUUAAAACAUAGGAGUGAUAACAAUAUAAAAGGAUACUAUGCUGAAGAUUUAGAUUAAAUGAUCACUUUAGAUUCUCUUAGUGGUCUUCUUAAUAUGUACAAUACAAAUGCAUAAAUUACACAUCAACUAAAGCCAGCAAAUUAUUCAGUAGAACUCACUACAGUUAUAGUUUCAUUUGCUUAUUCUAAUUCAGAACAAAGAAUUGGAGCAUCUUUAAAAGACUGCACCUUAGUUUUUUGGGAAAAAGGAGAUAAUUUCAAGUUUUAGAAAUAAUUUUCAACUGUACCUUAUAUUGAAGAUUAUUCUACUGAUAUAUGGCAUUUAGAGCAGUCAAAAAUGUGGAUAACAACAAAUAGAUUAAAUUAAAUUUAUAUAUGGAAUCUGAUAGAUGAGAAGCUGUCAGAAACAAUCCAAACUAAUACGUUUAUUAAAGGAAACAUAGUAUAGGUUAUGGAAAUAACGCAUGUAAAGUUAAUCGCAAUAGCUUCAGCUGAUAAAUAGAUUACAUUUUGGAAUUUUUAUAAUAAAUAAAUGAUGCUCUGCUUACCUGUUAAAGAUUCAGGUAUUCAUAAUUUAUCAUAUUCAUAUCACCAUCAAAUGAUUAUUACUGCUGGCUAUGAAUAAAUUAUAUACUUAUACAGCAUAGAUCCUGUUAACAUCGAAUAUAAGUAGGAAGGUAGAUUAAUAGGACAUGGUAGCAUGGUAACAGCCCUAUAAUAGAUUAAGAAUACAGAAAUGAUAGUUAGUGCAGAUGAUUAAGGUGUGCUAAAAAUAUGGGAUAUUAGAUCUUUUGGAUGCUUAUAGACUAUUUAAUUAUUCAUAAAAUCAACUAUUAAUUAAAUAUAAUACAUGCCAUAAAAAUAAGUGCUAUGUUUAUUGUCAUCAAGAGUUGGUUUUAUCAACUUUGAUAUCAAAAGUAAUUUAGAAGGUAAAAAAACUAUUGAAAAGACAAGCCAAGAAUGGCCAAUAAAUGUUGAUUUUGAUAUGAAAAACUAAUAAAUAGUAGUUUGUACUUCUAAAGAUGUUAGGACUUAUGAUGGCAUGACAGGUAGAAUGAAAAAAUUAAUUAAAGGUAUUUCAAGAGAGUAGACGGAGAUCACUAACUUCUGUUUUGUUAAUUAAUCAAAUCAUUUCAUCAUAACUGAUGACAAAGGAAGUAGCCAUUUAUUUGAAUACCCAAAUACUUAAAAUAAAAUAAAACUUCAUAGCCACUAAAGCGAUAUUACAUAAAUGAGAAUAGAUUUUAAGAAUAAAUUAAUUAUAACAGUUGCUAAGGAUUCUUAAAUUAUUAUCUAAAAGAUUAAUAAAACAGGAUAAAAUGAGCUUAAGAGAGUAUUUAAAAAUGCUCACUAUGGUAAAGGAAUAAAUUUACUUGAAUUCUCAUAUUAUCAUAAUAUGAUAUUUACAGGAAGUGAUUCUAAUGAGAUAUUCAUUUAUGACUAUGAAUAUCUAAAGUGUAUUGGCACCGUUAUUUUACCAAAUAACUAAACUCCCACUUAGAUACAUCUAAUAAAUGGCUUUUCCAUAUUAUCUGUUUCUACAACGGACUCUUUCAUAUACUUAAUACACAUUUAAUCUAACGAAAACUAUAAUUUAAAGUUCAAGUUACUUUAAAUUAUAGAUUUAUAGUAUCCACAAAGAAAUACUUGUGAGUAUCUAUCUUAGUAUUUUAACUCAAAUUUAAUAUCAAAUAUUCGAACACCAUCAGAAAAUUAAAAUCACAAUUAAUCACAACUAACCCUAUCCUAUAAGCUGUCAUCUAAUAAAUUAAGCUAAAGUAUUUCUAAAUCUCCAACAAUGAUUAAUUAUUAACAUAUUGAUAUUUCAAAAAGUAACUCAAGCAUAGUCAAAUAAAAUCAGAAAAAUUAGUAAGAUAUUCAAGACCAGACAUCUUAUCCGAUUAAACUAAUAACAAAUAAUUCUAAAGAAAAUAAACUAUGUUUAUAUGUGGGACUAAAUAUUGGAUAGAUAGAUCUAUACGAUAUAUCUUAAGUAAUAGAAAAGAAUAAUAUUACAAUUAAACCAUCUUAUGAAAAUAGCAAAAAAAACUUUAACCCUUUUAGAAAUAUUACUGAAGAGUUUAAAGUUUUUUCUGAAAAAGCAGAAUAAAAUAGAUUUUCUAUGUAGAAUACUCUAACAUAGAAAGAUAAAUAAUGGCAAGAUAUACUUGACUCAACUAGUAAUUAGACAGUAAAAAUUAAAUCUUAGCAUGUCCAUAAAGUAUCUCUUAACUCUAUGAAAAUUAUAUCUUUAAAUAGAUAAAACUAUAUUGUCACUUGCUCUAAUGAUGGCUACUUUAAAAUAUUUGAUUUAAAUUUAAACGAAUAAACAAACACAAAUGUCAAUCAUCCUUUACCAAUGAAUUGGAAUUUGAAAUUGAGUAUUUUAUCAGAGCAAUAAAGAAGAUUUUUCUUUACUGUAAAAAUAUUGGAACUUAUGUGCAAAAAAUUUGAUUCUGAUAAGGUAUUCUCUAGAUUAAAUAGUACUAAACAGUAUUUAUAGCAAGUUCUCUAAACAUCUAUCCAAACUAUCCAAAAUUAGGAAAGUAUAAUGCUAACAUAACCUCCUAUUAACUUAAAUCCUAAAAGCAAAUAAGCAAGUAGAAAAAAUUCAUAGUCAAUGGAUUUAAAUAUUUUAAUCAAUGAAGAAAAUACAAAAUAAUUUUCAAAAGUUAUGACUAUGAAAAAUUUUUAUACUCCAAAAGAUAUGUAAUUUAACAAAAUAAAGGAUCAGAUAUAGACUUAAAUUAGAGGGCCAUCUUUAAAAGAAAUGGAAGUGAUUAAGAGAAUAAAGGAACUAAAAAAUAAAGGUGAGGAAAUGGAAUAGCAACUAUAAGAUAAAGAUGAAAAUAAUGAUAUGGAAGUUGAGAAAAAAAUGAGAGAGUAAGAAGAUAGAGAAAAUGUUGUCUUUUUGUUGCCUUAAUACAGAUAAAAGUUGCUUAAAAAAAGUGAUGAAUUUUAGGAUGCAUCUGAGUUCCAAAAAAAAUUAGAGAUAAAAUAAUACUACUUAGAUAAAUAGAGACAGUAGUAAAUGAAUUAAAUAAAUAAGUUGUAGCAUGGUAAAACAUCAAAUGAAGAAUAAACAACUCAAAUAACUUAGAAUUUGUAAAUGAACCGUUAAAAAUCUUCUUUAAAAGAUAUAAGCACAAAUUUAGAUGUUAGGAAUACAUCAUAAACCAUAAUUUAAAAUAACAUUAAUAUUAACUAAAGCCAAAAUGAAUCAUUUAACAAUAUGAGCACAACAAAUAAUUUGAAUUCUACUAAAAUGCAAAAUAUUUAAAAUAGUUAUUAUCAUUAAAGUGUUAAAAAACCAAUUUAAUUUAAAAAUUUUAGUUCUCAGAUUUAAUUAUUAUCUCUUCCUUCUAUAAAUCAAUCAAAUUUGGCUAAUUAAACUUAGACAAAUCAAAAGCAAAUUUAAACAAAUUAGCAAUUAAAUUAAAGUGUUUAUCCAUCAAAUUAAAGCACACAAGCUUUUGGGCUGUCAAAUUACCCCUCAUAGUAAAUGUUAUUCUCAAACAAUUUUUAAAAGUAAUAACCUAAUUAGUCUAUUCUGUAGAGCUAAAGUAAAAUAGCUACCUAGUAAGAUAUUAAUAAAAGAGGUAGCACUAACUCUUCUCCUAGAGUUUAAUCUGAUUUCUUUAACUAUGCUCAAUAAAAAAAUCUAUAUUAGGAAGGUUCAAGCAGAUAUUAAAAUUAAUUGAACGAAUUAUCCUAAAUUUUAACAAAUAAAAAUUCAAUUACUGGUGAUAUUUCUCUAUCUUUAAGAGAUGAAAAUUGCCUUUAAUAAACAACUCAAAUAAAUUAAAUGUAAGCUUGUAAAAUUAAUUCUCAAAAAAAUAAAGUUUAAUUGCUGAAGAGAAUGGAAGAAAGAAAUAAGCUAAAUGAUAUAAUAAAGAACUUAAACUAGAAAUUAGUUAAUUCAAAACAUUACUCUCAAAAUAAAGUAAAAUCUUAAAACAUCUUGCCUUAAACUACUAAUAACUAACAAAGUAUUAAAAAUACUAACUAAGCUAGUUAAUAAAAAAUAGAAUUUUUAUCUUUUUUUUAGUUACCAUCCCCAAAUAAUAGCGAAAUCGCCACAUAAAAAAAUAUAGAAUCAUAUAAAAUCAAUAAUAACUUCAACACUAACACGAAUAGGUAAAAUAUAACUAAAUCAAUUAGAGCUAGACAAUUAUAAUCCUUAAGUUACAAUCCCUCCCAAGUUGCUUCUAUUAAUAAUUUAUCUCAAAUAUGA